ACGCGCUGUUAGUAAAAGUUGGGAUAGAGUGAGACACGGAGCGAGAGAGAGAGAAAGAGAGAGAGAGAGAGAGAUUACAGUCUGCAGCGUUCACGGUUGUGUUGAUAAACAGCGGAUGAAAAUAUUCGGCUCACUGCAAAGUUGUUUAGGGGAUCAGCUGCAUGAACUCUGCAUGAACAUUCACUCUUAGAGAGACAGACAGAGAGAGAGAGAGAGAGAGAAGAGGAGAGAGAGAGCGCGCGAGAGAGAGCGAAAGAGCGAAAGAGCGCGCGCGCUUUGGGAAAAACAACAACAACAAAAAACUUGACACUCGGUCUGGUCCAGAAUUGAGAAAGUUGCGGUGUUUUCUUGUUCCUGUAGUAAAUGUUGUGACAGUGAGGAGUGCGCCGGCGCGGAUAGACGCGAGAGAAGCCGAGCUGUCAAACCCGAUGAGUAGUGCAGACUGCAGCGGGAAUGAGGAGCUGGACUUCAGGCUGAUCUUCGGUGAGGACGGCCAGCAGCCGCCUUCAGGCCCCGCAGAUCUGGAGCCGGAUGACACCACAUCAUUCUACAUCCUGAACGUGGGUCAGCCUCCAGCAGUGGCGAACCAGAACCUAGGUGUCCAGAGGCAUGGAGUCCAGCCUCACUCACAGCUCAUCUCUACUUCUCCUACGUUGCAGCCCCUCCACAAGCCCUUUGAGCCCAGCUAUGAGUCCCUGGACUCUAAAUACCCUCCCAGUGGAGGUGGAGGAGGUGCAGGUAGGCCCCCCAAGGCCUUUGAGUGCCCUAGUAUCCAGAUCACCUCCAUCUCCCCAAGCUGCCAGCAAGAGCUAGAUGGGAAUGAGGCUGACCUUAGGUCCAAAGGUGUGGAUAGGGACUUCCACGAGCAACCGCUGUCUCGGGACCACCUGUAUUUGCCGCUGGAUCACUCGUACCGUGAUUCAUCACUGAGCCCGAGCCCCUGCAGCAGCUUGUCAUCACGCAGCUGGUUCUCAGACGCUUCAUCGUGCGAGUCCAUGUCUCAUGUGUACGACGACGUGGAUUCGGAGCUGAACGAAGCAGCUGCGCGUUUCACACUCGGAUCUCCCCUCUCCUCACCGCAGGGUGCCCCGCUGGAGGAGCCAUGGCAACAACAGCACCAUCACCACCACCAUCCGGGUUACGCCCCAGCACUCUCCCACCCACACACCCACUCUCUCUCUCCACGUCAGUCACCAUGCCACUCACCACGCACCAGCGUUACUGACGAGAACUGGCUCAGCCCACGGCCACCUUCACGCCCAUCCUCACGUCCCACAUCGCCUUGUGGUAAAAGGCGCCACUCUAGUGCUGAUAUCUGCUUUUCGGGUUCGCCCCAUCACUCCCCGACACCGACCCCGGGCCCCUCGCCCAGGGGCAGCGUCACUGAAGACACCUGGAUCGGCAGUCCUGUAGGUAUAGCACCCUUCCAGUGCUGCACCUCAGACCCUGACAUCCCUUCCAAGACCAGGAAGACAUCACAGGACUGUACAGCGACGCUACAGUCCGGGAAGAACGAUCUCAGCCGGGACGAUUCGGGAAAUAUCUCACCGCUUCGUGAUUCCCCGGCUGACGAAUCCAUGCACGGACUGAAAAAAGACGGACCUGGGGAGCAAUUCCUUUCCGUGCCCUCUCAUUUCACCUGGAACAAACCCAAACCAGGACACACACCUAUUUUCAGGACGUCCUCUCUGCCCCCCCUGGACUGGCCCUUGCCGAGUCAGUACAGUCAGUAUGAACUGAAGAUCGAGGUGCAUCCUAAAGCCCACCACCGGGCGCACUACGAGACCGAGGGCAGCCGAGGAGCCAUCAAAGCAGCCUCCGGCGGACACCCUGUCGUCAAGCUCGUUGGCUACAACGAGAAGCCUGUAAAUCUGCAGAUGUUCAUCGGGACGGCAGACGACCGCUAUUUAAGACCGCACGCUUUCUACCAGGUUCACCGCAUCACAGGCAAAACGGUGGCCACAGCGAGCCAGGAAAUCAUCAUCACUAGCACCAAAGUUCUGGAGAUUCCACUCCUUCCUGAGAACAACAUGUCUGCCAGUAUCGACUGUGCCGGGAUUCUAAAGCUGAGGAACUCGGAUAUCGAGCUGAGGAAAGGCGAGACAGACAUUGGGCGGAAAAAUACCCGAGUGCGUGUGGUGUUUCGGGUUCAUAUCCCACAACCCAACGGAAAAGUUCUGUCCUUACAAGCUGCCUCUAUCCCUGUGGAGUGCUCCCAGCGCUCAGCACAGGAGUUACCUCAGGUGGAGAAGUUCAGUUUGAGCAGUUGUCCAGUCAGUGGAGGAGAGGAAAUGGUCAUCACAGGUUCAAACUUCUUCCCUGAGUCAAAGGUCAUCUUUCUGGAGAAAGGCCCUGAUGGACGACCACAGUGGGAGGUGGAAGCCAAGAUCAUUCGUGAGAAGAGUCAAGGGUCGAGCAUUGUAGUGGAAGUUCCACCGUACCACAGCAAGAGCAUCACCUCCGCAGCUCAGGUGCAGUUCUACGUGUGCAAUGGGAAGCGGAAAAGGAGCCAAUCACAACGAUUCACCUACCUGUCAGUUCUGGUUAAACAGGAGCACCGAGAUGAUUUGGACCCCCCUGCCAUGCCUCCAAUGCCCAUGCCCCAUGCACAUGCCGUUGGCCUCGUUCAUUCUCCAGUCAUGCCCUCCCCGGACCACGCACAUUCACAGGAUGGGCUUCUGCAAGGCCCCCCACAUGGCCUGGCACCCUCCCUGCACCCUCUCCAGACAACCUGCGCUCCUCUUCACUCACCUACCUUCUCUCACCUGCCUCACCUCCAGGCCCGAGGUCUUCACCCACCUCCCGAAUGCCAGAUGCCCUUCCAUCCAGGCAGUAUGCCCCCCUCGAGACCGACCUACUCCCCACUCCAGCACAAUCUACCCUUCAACGGCCAAGCCAGUCUACCUGGAGCCAGCUCUCAGGCCUACGAGCGCGUGCCCUUCCAGCCCGAGCCAGCUGGGUGCCACUCUUUGGGAAUGGGCAUGGUGUAUGGCUCACCAGUUUCAGCUCCGGUCUCUGGAACCGGACCCUCAAGCCCGAGCCACUCUUCUCCUCAACUCCACUCUCUGGGCUAUCACUGUGCCACCCCAGCUCAGGUGACCUCGCCCACUCACUCCCUCGUUCAACCUGGAAUGCAGCUCCAGCGCUCGCUCGGCUACCAUCCGGCCGGGCAACGUUCGGCCUCGUGCCCGACGCCCUCCAGCGCCCCUGCCCGAAUGGUACCCCUGCCCCACUCGGGUCCAUCCUCUCCUCAGCUGCACUCACUGCCCUACCAGUCACCCACCUCGUCUUCUCCUGCCAGCAGCCCUCUCGGUGCCCAGCUCUCACCCCAGGCCAGCAGUCCCGUCAUGACAGGGAUUCCCACUGCAGGACCCAUGGUGCAUCCGCUGGCACCACAGCAAGGCCCAUUUACCAGCGAAGGCGAGAGGCUGAACAUCAAGCAAGAACCCGAGGACAGAGAGCUCACAUUCCGCUCUAUAGGCCUGCAGGAUAUUACACUGGAUGAUGUGAACGAGAUCAUCGGCAGAGACAUGUCUCAGGCUCCGGGGGCGCAUGGAUCCUCAAGCACACUCGGUCACUCGUAGCCCGGUGCCCACUUCUUUCGUCCACACAGGAGCAUGUCUGCGAGUCCCGGCGAGCUGUGGACUCGAGAGACGCAGACAGACACAGCGCUUCCAUCCACACGCAUCCUUUCAAACCAGACCAGACCCAGCCAGAGAUGAUCUACUGAUGCUGACGUUCUUUCAACUAACCGAGCAUCACACCAUUUAGAUACAGUUAUAAAGAAGAAGACGAUCAAAGCGAUCAAACAAAAACACGCUGGAUAAUUUCGGCUACAAAUAAUAAUCACAGUACCUAGUUUGAACAGUUCAUCUCUUUCUCUCUCAGCUUCUUCUCUCGCAGUAGUUCUCAGGCGCCUUUUUUGGAGGGAGGGAUCAGCCAUCUGAUGUUAAGAGCAAUCUAUGCAGCCCAGUAUGAAUAUGCAAUACAAAAAAAACACACACAAAAAAAACACCACCACACAGACCAAAUGUAGCAUAAUGUAUGUAGAUGCUUUGCUCUGGAUUUUGGGUCAAAUUGGAUGGAAAAUGGAAUUCGAGAGGUAUUUUGAUCAUGGCUGAUGCUGCCUCGUGAAAUGAGCGCGGUCUCAGCAGCGCCCCCUGGUGGACAAGCUGCUGAUGUGCUAAUAAUAUGCAACAUUCCACACUUUUCUAGUGUCUUUGUUUUGUUUUUUCAUGAACAAUCGAUCACCCUUUUUCCUCUUCAGGUUGAACAAAUGCCUUAUAAGCCUAGCAGCUUGGAUUGACUGAAAACAUAGCUUUUAAUAGAAACGUUAUAUUCUUCUUCUUUUUGUUUUUUUUUUUCUUUCUCCUUUUCUAGAUUUUCUUCUUCAUGAAGCUGAAUUCUGUGCCGAGGACACAGUUCAAGUUCGCGUGUUUUGCAUUUCAAGUUCUAGUGUGCAGCAAAGUGUGUAAUAUUUUCGAACGCGACACACCCAAAACUCAAUCUAUAUAGGAAAUCUGUACCACCGUAGAACGUUAAAUUAAAAUCGGCGCGUUUGAGACGUCGAGAGAAUCGUAUUGUAAGUGCGUUAUCUGAUACUCCCGUGUGCCUUUCCAACGACAAUCAUGCUCGGAUAUAGCAUAAACCACCCCCAUACGUUCGAUAGGGUGGCCAUAUUGUCGUGGUUGGAAACGCUGCUUUCAGACUGUACGGGGGUUGUUUUGUUUUUGUUUUCCUACAGAAAGAGCGCAUUCUGUGCUGUGAUGAAAAAGCAAAACUAACUCUAACCCUAUGUUUAUGCUAGCAAGUAACAGGCAAUCGAUCAUUGUCUAUUUAGCUACGACAAUAGCGUCGCAAUUUUUUUCAAUUCUGUGCAGAUUAGCUAGAACGUGUUAAAGCAACAAAUCCAAACAAUUGGCUUGAACGAUUCCUCAGAGCAACUUUCUAGUCCGAUGUCCUUCAGCUUUACCUCCUACGUGGAAUUCAUUCCCAUUUAUGGUUUGAUGCACAAAAUCGUGGUCCUGUCUUAUACAAACUCAUGAAUUUUUAUGAAGGAAAAUACAGGAAGUAGCAGAGAGGGUUGUUGGAUUUGCUUGCUUUGCUUUCACACCGAUUAGUGCAUUUGUGUGUAGCUAGGUAGUUCGCUUGAGUAGCUACACAUCGCUACUACAGUUUCUAAUUGGAAGUAAACAAAAAACAAAGUCAACGACAUCAGUAUCAGUCGCUACCAGACAAACCACAAGCGACUUGGCACUUGCUAGCACAAACGUAGUGUAAGACAUUGUUAUGGCUUUUUGCUAAUCAGCUAUCCUUGUUAGCACAAAGAGAAAUCAAACUAAUCUUUGUUGUCGUGUUCAAAUAUCUCCUUACAUUUCAAUAUUUUUUUCUACCAGCACUCCGUGUGAAUGCUUCUCCGGGAAAAAAAAAACUGCUGUUUUGUUUUUUAAAGAAAAGCUUCUUUAAACGAUGAAUUUUUUUUAUUUUUAAAGCAGUCACAUUUCAUCCGCCUUGUGGCCACUUCACAUAGGACUAAAAAUGUGCUGAGGGAAAAAAAACAGUGUGAAAGCAGCCAUAUUGCAUUUAGACAAUCAAUCAAUCAAUCAAUCAAUCAACAGCUUAAUGCCGCAAUAUAUAAAGUUGUACCGUUAAAAAGAAAUAUUUUUCCCCAAUUUACAUCUAGUUUCAUAGUAGUACCCAAAAAAAAAGCACUAGAUCCUGAACAAAGCAUUGUAGAUAAUCAUGGUACCUUGUUUCCCCACUUGGGAAUGAAAUGAAAUCAGUGUUUGAGGUUACUCAUUGAAGGAAGUGGGACGUUACAGGGCAAGGACUUACACAUGUGCUUGGAUGCUCGUCUCAAGUAAUCGAUUCAUAGUGAACAUUGGGUGCUAUCCUUCUGUAAGAAAUGUAUUUUUAGCCUAGCUGUGUAGCUGAGGGUUUGAUAAAAAAUAAAUCUGUAUUUAUUUAGAAUUUGUAUUGGAUCCCUGCCUUAAAAAUAAUAAUAUUAAUAAUUGACAGUAAUAACAAUUGUGUAUAUUUUUCUAUUUUAAGGAAACUGGUACAGCUACUUAGUUUUCCAUGUUCGGGUCUUUGAGACCUCGCGGUAUUAAUGACUGUUGUUAUAAAGUGAAAACAUCAAAAACAAACACAAAAAAAAGGAUAAAAAUUUGGAAAGAAAAUUUGCUAUGCACUAAAACCUGCCUGAUGCCUUUUCACUAAAUAAACUAUUUAAAAAACAAAAAAAAACAAAGAAAACCUUGAUGCCUCUAGACGUAGAUGCUAUAGAGCAGCAUAAAUGUAGAACAGUAUAUGCCAGGUAGCUUUUUUCUCCAUGUCAGAGCUCUCUGUGUUUGUAUUUGUGUGUGUGUGUGUGUGCCUGCCUUGUAGAGGACUAAAGUGUGUUUGUAAUAUCUUAGCACUUGUAGAUUACUUUUUUAAACCCUUUUCCAGUUUCAGCAGUGAGAAGGCACACGGAUGCAUUUAGGCUAUGCAAAGACAGACAGCAACACAUCAGCGCAAUAUUUGGUAUCAAAGAAAAAUAGCAGAUGUUUGUUAGCUAGCUCUUGUAUAUACGUGUGUGUGUGUGCGCGUGUGUGUGUGUGUGUUUACCCGUAGUGACAGGUGACUUCAAUGCCACUUUUGACUAUUUAAUUUAAACUAUCAGAUCUACAAUAGGAACGCCUUAAACUUGUAUUUGAUACGGAGAUGUUUGACCGUAUGGGUUUGAUUUAGGAAUAGCUUUUAAAACUCGUCUGUAGAAGGAGGGCGAAAUGGAAAACCGGGAAUACUGGGACGGAAACCCGUGCUCCCAACAAGAGUCUGCUUUUGUCCCGUUCUUCAAACCAAAGACCGAACAAUGUGUUCCUGUUUUACAGACAGAUGACAAACAUAGACUCUAAAACUCUAUUUUUGAUACUUUGAAGAAGAUGGAUGUCAUUCCGAAUUUUUUUCCUUUUUGGACGGGGGUGGGGGGGAGUACCAUAUAUAAAAAAGAAAUAUUCUACUAUAAUGUUUUGUAAAAUAAAAGGGAAAUACAGGUUUUGCUGCUGUUUACAGAGCCUUGUAUUGUCAUUUCAUGUACAUUUUGUAUUUUAAACCUUUUUGUAAUUUUUAAGAAUGCAGUGCUUUUUUUUUUUUUUUUGAAAUUAUCCAAAGGGAAUAAACUUGCAUUAUAGGCUCUUCUGAUGUAGUGUAUCAAUAAAAAGAUGGAAACAUUAA